GCAAAAUUUAAAACAAUAAUGGAGUGUUUAGUGGCGAAUGUAGAUAAUAUGCGAUUUGAUAUUGAAGUUGCUCUCGACGAGCAGUAUGGAGCACUUCCUUUACCUUUUACUGGAAUGGACAAAUCUACUGCUGCAGUAUGUCAAUUUUAUCCAAGAGGUACAUGCGUUAAAGGAGCCUCUUGUCCAUUUAGACAUGUUAGGGGAGAUCGUACAAUUGUAUGUAAACAUUGGUUAAGAGGGCUUUGUAAAAAAGGUGAUCAGUGUGAAUUUUUACACGAGUAUGAUAUGACAAAAAUGCCAGAAUGUUAUUUUUAUUCCCGAUUUAAUGCUUGUCAUAACAAGGAAUGCCCAUUCCUACACAUUGACCCAGAAACUAAAGUCAGAGAUUGUCCUUGGUAUGAUCGUGGAUUUUGUCGACAUGGACCAUUGUGUAGACAUCGACAUGUUCGUCGUGUUUUAUGUAUGGCAUAUCUAGCUGGAUUUUGUCCUGAAGGUCCAAAUUGUAAAUUUAUGCAUCCAAGAUUUGAGUUACCAGCAGUACAAGAUAUGCAACCUAAAGAAGGGAAGAAAGUAAUGAUCACCUGUCAUUUUUGUGGAGAAGGUGGUCACAAAGCAAUUUAUUGUAAUAAAAUGCCACCUGAUGUACGUGAAGCUCAAGUUAGACAAGAAAUAGAAGGUAAUUCCCAUGCUACACAUCACAUGAAUAUGCAUAAUGGGCCUCCACCAAGAGGACCACAAAAGCCACUUGAAGAAGUGACUUGUUACAAAUGUGGAACUAAAGGUCAUUAUGCUAAUAAAUGUCCAAAGGGUCAUUUAGCAUUCCUGAGUCAUGCUGGAGGUAGUGGAAGUGGUACUCAAAAUCAAAAUUACCGCAGAUGA